CCUAACCAUCUCAGGAAAACGGUGGAGGCGGGAUCUUUCCGCCGGGGGUGCCAACAGCCGGAGACAAUUGUCUCGUUCGCUCUCGCUGUUGGGCUCCUGUGAUCGGAUAUAUCGUGGCCCGAUCGGCCAGAGAGGGAUAACAGGCCGCAAUCGGCAAGGUGGAAGCAAGUAGGAAGUAGAAAAAAUAUUGGUAGUGUCACCGCCUGUGACUCCCGGGGAGGUAAAGAUGCAGAGCUAGUCCAAAGGAGGGUGUGUGAAGCGCUCCCAAGGGUCGCGAUGGAUGGGAUGGUGUGGAACAACGAUGGGGCAUGCGGUCAGGGAUUGCGCUUUCUUCUGUGGACAUGGUCAGUUGGUUGUGGGUUGCUGGAUGCGUCGUCAAGGCUCGAAUAAGAUGCUGAGCAGAAACCGUCUCAAUAGUCCGAGCCUAGUGCUGAGCAUGCUGAGGGGCGCUGAAUGGGCUCUGGAAAACGUCCGGGGUCUUUGUUUCUCAUGGCUUCUCUUGACAAUCGACGCAUGGCGAAUACACCCCUCCCCCACGAGAAACUCCCAUGCCCGUACCAGGAACCAUCCGAUCGUCCCGUCGCCGUCUGACGAUCUUUCGGUCGCCCCCAUUCACAAGCCCCUCUCUCCGUCUUCAGCGGCCGCCAUGGUGACCCAUGCGCGGGUGUCUCAACAACACCCCGUAAGCCCUAACGGCUUCCCGCGUAGAAUCACCCCCCUCCCCCCUUGUCCCCCAGUCAUUUCCUCUGUUGCGCUCUCACUCGAGGUUCCGCUUCUGACAUGGCGUGGGGCCCGAAGGCACCGGUGCGUCAAUAGGGAAGUCUCCGGUGAAGGUAGGCCCCGUUGUUGGCGGAGAAGUUUGGCAACACCUCCCGCCUUGAGAUGCCUUUGGCCAAGGCCAACUUCGGGGUUUUGGUGGGGUUCCGGGGAGUAGUAACAGGGGAAUCGGGGACUCGGGGGCCUGGUCGCCGGAGUCCUAGUCGACGGCGACUCGGCGGCUCGGCGGCUC